CUGUUUGUCCGCUGGGAGGCACUACAGCCUCCAUCAGCAGGAGUGGUCACAUGACUACACCAACACGCAGCUCUCCUGUUGUCUUGUUCCUCAUCUAUCAUCCACUGACCGGUGGAUCAGUCCCCUUCAGUAACCUUUUAUUCCCUACUGAACAAAUGCGGUGAGGUUUAACACAAACACAGUGAACAUGGCGGACAGGCUCCGCACGCUGCCGCCGUGGAUGGCGAGAAGCGGAGUGAAAGUGAAGUCGGAGCCGCUGAAGAGCAGGAGGAAACGGAAAACUGCGAGGGCUGCUUUCUACUUAAUGGACGAGAAGGAGCUGGUGGAGGCGGCCGUGUCCUUUCUUACCCACGCCUCCUGCGAUGACGUCACUGACCAGAAGGUUGAGGACGAGGCAGAAGACACGACUGUGAGGAGGAAAGAAAACCCAGCGACCUCAGAGACGAUAGCAGAGACGGCAGCAGAGCCUUUAGAGGAGCCGUCCUCGGACAGCGGUGAUGACCUGGAGGCGACGUACGUCUCCGAAUCGGACUUGGACAUCACGGAGGUGGAAACAUUGCCGUACACCGGGAGCCUGCAGCAUCAGGGACCGGAGGGUCAGAGGUCAGGACCGGUUCAGGAUCGUGGCGGUCUCGUGGAAGCUGAACUGGAGGCUGAGAAGGAACAUGAGCGCUCGCAGCUGCCAGCAGAUGCAGCGGAGGAGGAUGAUGCCUUACGGCUCGUGCGAGAAAUCUUCUUCACCUGAAGAUGAACUGAGCUGAAACGCGUGCACGAAGCCUUGUAAGGUGUUUGAACUAAAUGGAAUUUUUUUUUUCCCCUAAAGGGGAAUGCCACACAAAUUACUUUGUGAACAGCUCCGUCAGAAAGCUACAUAUUUAGGAACAAGAUCCUUUAAUUGAUGUCUCUGGUUAUAACUUUUAAUUACACAGAGCCUGAGCUCCCUUCAGCAUGUUUUAUAUAUUUUAACCUGCCACUUUAUCACACAUUUAGUUGUUGUUUUGUCUGAUUUAGAGGUCAGUGUGCUCUGAAUGAACACAAAUUCCUUGGAAGUCAAUUUAGUACUGUUUUUUUUUUUUCCACCAGAGUUUUUGUGGUUAGAUAGUUUUGUGUCUUUGCGGAAAGUACUGAAGACUUGUCAGUGGUUUGCUUUGCGCUAAACUGCAUCUCUGUAACUUCUUCUUUUUACGGGCAAACACAACAUAACUUCCUAAUUUACAGGAACCAGUGGCAGAUUUCAUUAAAGCAUACUCUUACAUUUGA